AUUUACUCCCUCAGUUUUAUAUAUGAAAACAAUUUUGAUUAAAUUUAUUUAAAAAUGGACUCAGAUUCUACAGAAAUGGUGAAAGAAAUAAAAGAUAAGGUAAUAUUACACUGGAAUUGUAGAGGUCUUGUGGAAUUUCCUGAAGAGAUAAGGAUUUAUGGGAGUCACAUUCAAGAAAUAUAUUUGAAAUGGAAUAAACUUACUACUUUACCUCCAUGGAUUGUAGAACUUGUUAAUGUUACUAAUUUAUAUGUAUAUGAAAAUUUUAUCAAAGAAAUACCUUUAGAACUUUGUCAAAUGAAUCAAUUAACAGUCCUUGAUUUGAGUGCUAAUAAGUUAGAGCAAAUAUCUCCUUGUAUAAGAAAUUUAGUUAGCUUAAAAUGUUUAUUCCUAAAUCAAAACUUGAUAAAUAAAUUACCGAUCGAAAUGAAUCAAAUGCUUAACUUAGAAAUCUUGUCUAUUUGUGGAAAUAGAUUUGUUGCAUUGCCAGAAUGGAUUGGUUCUUUACCUAAAUUAAAGGAGUUAAAUGCGGAUAAUAAUUAUUUAAAAGAACUUCCAAAUAGACUGACUUUGUCUCCACAAUUGUCAAUAAUUUCUGUACGUUCUAACAGGCUAAGGUACUUACCAUUAAAUGGAUUUGUAUCAUCUCCUUGUAUUAGAUUUGAUGCAAAUGUACAUUUAAAUUAUUUGUCAUAUCCACUCCUUUACCAGUUAACAUCUCAAGUUCUACAUUCAUAUGUUCAAACUCAAAGAAAUAUUUUGAACCAUGGAUGUUUUACAAAAUAUCGUGAUAACACUACAUUAUAUACAAAUAUAAAAUUAAAGAUAAAAAUAAAUGCAUUGCAUGAAAAAGAUACUGAUCCCAUAAUUGAAUUACCACGUCAGCUCUUAAAAGUUCAUAAUGUACAUGAAAAUAAAGUUAUUUCUUUAUGGGAAUUAGCUUUGAGAAAAGUCUAUACUGAAAGGUAUAAACAUACACUUAAUAUUUCUGUAUCACCUAUAAGCAUAAAUGUUCAAUAUGAACCACUUACAAUAAAGAAUUACCAGAAACUUGAUUUUAAUGUUUCAUGUAAUUUGCUAAUGAAUGGUCCAGUUAGUAUUUGUGUGAAUUUUCAAUGUCAACAACCGAUUUUUACAGAAACUUGGAUUAUUAUUGGUGUUGAUUAUUAUACAGAGUCUAUAACAACAGUUGCAUUAUGUUGCUGCAGAAGAUGUGCAGCUGAAUUUUCUAAACAAUGCAAUAUGAUAAUAAAACAUACCUGGAAUUGUAUAAAUUAAUGAUAUCUUGUUUAGAAAAUAAUUCUAUAAAUACAUUGCAUUAAAAGAAUAAGA